ACAUAGUAACCUUAAAUUUUUUUGAACUGAUCAUUAAGUACAUCUACGAAUUCAAUGUUUAUUUUCUAAAACUGGCAUCACGAAAUUUUUCAAAUAUCUUCGAAAUAAAAUGUAUAUAUUUAACUGUGACUAAUGUAUACCUGUUUGAAUGUAUACCUAUUGUUAUUGUUUCCACUGAUAUAAUGAGUUCUAAUACAUACUAUGAUUUUUUAUUGGAAAGAAUUCAUUUUCCAGGCACUUUUAUCUUAGAUGAACCAGGAAAAACAUAUACUUGUGGCAGAGGAAAAGAAAAUCAAAUAAUUUGUCUUAGUCUUACAGUAUCCCGUCAACAUUGUAGUUUUUUUCGUAAUGAUCAUGAAAUAUAUGUUAUAGAUUUAGGAAGUUCUAAUGGCAUAUUUGUAAAUGAAAUUAAACAAGAAGCAAGGCAUAUGGUUAAAUUGAAUGACAAUGAUAUUAUUGGAAUUGGUUGUCCAAAUUCUGAUAUGAUAAAUAAAGAUAUGUUUAUUUAUAAAGUAACUUUUAUUGCUAGAAAUAAAACAUUAACAGACGAAAAAUAUACUGCAAUAUCUAAGACGCCUUUAUGCAAAGAUACAUUAACAGAAAAUAUUGAUAAAAGCUGUCAUUCUUUGUUGUCUGGAGAUGACGUAAACAAGUCAUUUGAUUUAGUUUCAUCAAAUGAAAUAUCUGAACUAUCAAAAAAUAUAAGUGAAUCUUGUCAAAUAAAAACGUUAAAUAAAAAAAUAGAUAAUGGAACUAAAAAAAUUAAUUCAAAUCAAGAGAUAAAAUUAAUAAAUACUUGUUCAGAAAGUAAUACAAUACAACAGAAUAUCACACAUUUGGAUACUAAUCAUGAUAGUAAAUAUCAGAAAAAGAAUAAUGCUAGUAUACAUAAAAACUUAUCAAAAGUAAAUAGUAAAGAGAACCCUUUAAAUAAAACAUUUCAAACUAUAACAGAAAAAGAAGUGAUCUGUAUUGAUUUGUCUAAUAAUAUUCAUACAAAAAUAGUUCAACAAAAUAAUAAUGAUAAGACUAGAGAUACAAGAAGAUCUGAAAGUGUAGAUAAAAAAAUAUGCCAUAGAAAUAAUGCAGUAUUUAUAAAUGAUAUUGAUGAUGCAAGUGUAUAUGCAGAUAUUGGUAAUAAUAUUAAAAUACAACAGAAUUAUUCUGAAAAUAUGAAACCACAAAAUGAACUAGAUGAUGAUCUAAAGAAGGAUAAUAAACCAUGGAUAAAAGAAAGUGGACUAAAGAGAUCAAAAGAUGGUCUUAUAAAUAUUGUACAUAAUGGUAAUUAUUUGAUUAAAAUGAAAGAUGAAAUAAUAAUUGAGGAUGAUGGAAAAACAAUAGAAAAUAGUAUACAAAAUACUAAUAACUAUACUGAAUCAACAAUUAAAUUGAAACAAGUCAAUCAAGAACCAAAAUUAAGAUUUUCAGAAAUUGAUAUAGUUAAUUUUAGUGAUGAUGAAGAAAAUGUAUUCCCUUGUUCUCAAUUAUUUGAUUCUAAUAUGGACGUAAAUUCUGAAAUAAAGAAAGAAAUUAAACAAGAAUAUAAUGAUAAUCACGAUGAAGAUAUUAACAGACUUGAUGACACAGAAAUAAUUAUUUCAUUAUCUGACAGUGAGGAUGAAGAUAAUAUAUGGUUACAUAGAUUAUCUCGAAGUCAAUUGUCUAAUGAUACAAUUUCAAAUAAUGAUAAAAUGAAACAUACAAUACAAACUAUAAAAGAUAAAUCUACAGAUAUAGAUGUAAUUGAUGAAGAUGUCAAAAAUAUUAUUAAAGAAUCCAAUGAAAAUAUAAAUGAUGCUUUGAAUCUUAAUGAUGUUUUGGAUGAUAGUAUUGAAACUAGCAGAAACCAUGAAACAAAAGAACAUAAAAAAGAUACAGAAAAAAAUACCAAAAAAGAAUGUACAAAUACCGAACACUUUAAAAACAGUAAUAAAUUACAUACUGUAAAAAAACAUAGUUCUGAUGUUUCUCUUGAUGCAAGAAAAACAGAAAUAGAUGACAAUAUGUUUAAUAAAGAACAGGAAAAUAAUGAUAAAACUAAUCAUUCUCUUGAUAAAAAACAAAGCAUGAUUAAUAAUAACACAAAUGACAGUGUAGUUAAACAUACUCUACAUUCCAAGAAAAUAAAAUCAAUUACAAGAAAGAGGCCACAAAUAAUAGAUGCACCUCAUAUGCCUGUAAAAAAAAAAAGAGGAAGAAACACUUAUGAUAUGGAUAGCUGCACAACAGAAGACAAGUUAAAGGAAGAUUUAAAUGUAGGAAAAGGAAAGAAAAGUGGAUUACUUUGGUCAGAUAAUCUUGGAUCUGAUAAAUCCAAAAAAUUUCUUCUUUCGAAAGAAGAGAAAAAAAAACUUAUAGAAAAUAGGAAAAAUAAGUUAAAACAGAUUGCUGCAGAAAAGAAAAAAGUGACUAAGACUGAACCAUUAAAACUAUCUGUUUCAAAACCAAUAGUAAAAGUAUCAUUAAAAUCUCGAUCAGAUUUCCUAAUUGAUGAGAUACGAUCAAAGAAGAAACUGAACAAACUAUCAGUAAAAAAAUCUGUAGAAAACAAAAAAUGUAAAGAUAAUACUGUUAAUAUUAAUACAAGAAAAGAUAUUAACGUACUACCUUCAAUAUCUCAUUUAAAAAUUAAAAAACAAAUACCUAGUUAUAAAGAAACAUUAAAUAAUGUUACAAAACAUUUGCAACAAUCUUUAAGUGUUACUGAUGGUAAUGAUGCUCAAUUAAAUGAAGGCAAUAAAUCAAAUACGAAUUUAAAUAAAUUUGAAAAUAUGGAAAAUGAUGAGACAUUUUCUACAACAAAAAAUAAAAGCAUAGAGGCUACUACUAUCCUUAACUUGAAAACUGAAGUAAAAACUCAAAAAAAUGUUAAAAUGCAAAAAGAAAAUCGUUCUCCCAACAGACAAAUAAUUAAUCAAAUAGGAAAAAAGAAAAAAAGUGUCUCUUUCAAUAAUUGUCCUGAAAUUCAUGAAUAUGAAAUAGAACCUCAAAACAUUUUAAAAAAACUUAUAGGUAAAGAUGCUCCAAUACCUGUUGAUAAACUAUCCUUUAAAAGAUUUACUGAAACAAAUUAUCCAAAGAUAGAGCAAUUUCUGUUACGUAUUUUCUUCUGGAAUCCUGUUUGGCUUGAAGAACAGCAAUAUUUGAAGCAAAUGCCACCUAUUCUUAAAGAAAAUGAAUUACAUCCUAUGCUAACUUAUUAUAAAUCUUACAAUGACUAUUAUAAAAUUGCUGAACCUCUAUUAUUGCUAGAGAUCUGGUAUGGCAUUACUAAAGAAUUCGAAAUGUUAGAAAAAAAUGUGAAGCGACCCACCAUGAUGUGUUCUAUAAUGGAAAAUUCUUUUAAAAAGAUCUAUGUAGCAUCUACAAAUAUAUACUUAUCAUCUUUGGCAGUACAAGUAUUAGUUACCAAAGAAAACUUAUUUAAACAAAUUCAUCCUAAUUAUGGAGAUCUAGUAUUUUUUGAAUAUAUUAAAAAUGAAAAAGGAAAAUACAUUUUUCAGAAAGUAUUUGCUUAUGUUACAUCUAUGAAUGAAACUAUCAUAACAUCAUCUACAAAAUACAACAAAGAUUUAGAAAAUCAUGUGAAAGGGCCAUAUGCAUUAUUGACAUAUACUAUUAUCACAAGAAAUGUUGAAGAGAAUUUUAUAAUAAAAAACCGCAUUCAAAGAAUAAGGACUGUGACAUAUCUACGCUCAAACAUAAGGAUGAUUCAAGCAAUACAAUAUCUUCCACAAUCUUCACUUAUAAAUUUAAUUUUGUAUCCUAAAGUUGAAGCAUUUCAAUUACCUAAAAUAGAAGUACACAAUCACCAACUUAUAACAAAGGAUAAGUUAAAUCAAAUACAAUUAGAAGCUGUUAGUAGAGUAACAGGUGCUGUAAUACAAAAGGAACCUAAAAUCUGUUUGAUUCAAGGACCUCCAGGAACAGGAAAAUCAAAAGUUAUUGUAAAUAUUAUAACAGAGAUACUGUAUGGUAAUAAUAGGUAUCAAAACAGUAAAGCUGCUCUACGAAUUCUUGUAUGUGCUCCAUCCAAUGCAGCUAUUGAUGAAAUUGUAUUAAGACUUCUUGCCGUCAGAGCUACAAUUAAACAAAAUCGUUUUAAAAUGGUUCGUAUUGGUAAAACUGAAACUAUGCAUUUAACUGUAAAAGAUAUUUCUUUAACUGAAUUGGGGAAACGAGAUGUUAAACGAAUGACUGCGAAUUAUUCAUCAAAAAAUAUUCCAAUUGAUAGUUUCGAAGAAGAGAAAAAAUUGUUGGAAGCUCGUAUAAAUUCAUUAAAAUGUGAAAUUGCAAAUUCACAAAAGAUAGAUGAUGUUUACAAAAAAUAUCUCAAACUGAAAUUAAUAGAUAUGAAUGCAAAGUAUGAGUUGUUGGAAAAUCAUAAAUCAAUAAAUGAAAUGAAUACCAAGGAACUAGCAAAAUUCCAACGUGUUGCAGAACGUAGAAUCCUUGAAUGUGCAGAUAUAAUAACAUGUACACUUUCUUCAUGCUAUACUAAUCAAAUGGAAUCCAUUUUUGGUGGAAAUAAAGAAAAAAUAUCAGUUUGCAUAGUGGACGAAGCUACUCAAAGCUGUGAAGCAGAAAAUUUAAUUCCCUUAUUAUUAGGUGUAAAUACAUUAGUUCUAGUGGGAGAUCCUAAUCAGUUACCAGCGACUAUAAUUAGUCAACAAGCAAAGAAAUUUGGAUUGGAUCAAUCAUUAUUUUCUCGCAUACAAAAUGCAUUUCAAAAUCUGAAAAAUAAUCCAAUAAUUAUGUUAACAACACAAUAUCGUAUGGCAUAUGCAAUUUCUUAUUUUCCGAAUAAGUAUUUCUAUGGAGGUAAAUUAAAAAAUGAAGUUGAAAAUAUAUUGACAUUUCCAUUCCACAAUUAUCGAGUUUUUAAUAUUAAUUCAAAUCAAAAUACUGAUAAAUUUUCUAACACAAAUGAAGCUGAAUUUAUAUCAAAUAUAAUUCUAUGCAUGAUGAAUAAUAUCAACUUGAAAAAAUGGGAAUUCAAUAUUUCAAUUGGAGUAUUAACGCCGUACAAUAAUCAAAAAUAUUUAAUAACAGAAAAGAUCAAUGAAAAAAUAUCAGCUUUAUCCGAAAAUAUACAAAAAAGAUUUACAGUGGAAAUAAAUACAGUUGAUAGCUUUCAAGGACAAGAACGUGACGUUAUAUUGAUGUCAUGUGUAAGAAGUCAUGGUAUUGGAUUUUUAUCAGAUCCCCAAAGAUUAUGUGUAGCAUUAACUCGAGCUAAACAUAGUUUAAUGUUAUGUGGUAAUUUUAAUACAUUAAUGCGAGAUCAAAUGUGGAAUGCAUUGAUAUCAGAUUCUAAAUUACGAAAGAUUUAUUUUAAUAUUAAUUCAAAUGCAAGUCUAAAUGAGAUAAAACAACACAUCAUUAAAUAAAUGAUUAUUUCAAAGUAUUGUGCCUUCCUGCUUGUGCAGUGCACAAGUUGUAAAAGUACAAUUGAUUUUAUUUAUGUAAAUGAUGUAAAUGUGUUUUGUUUCCAUAUAAACAUUAGUUUAAUUGUUUUUGAUAUGAUUAUUCUGUAUAUCAAUGUAAAAAAUAAUACAUCAUUUAUUUUCUUUUUUCAACAAAUUUAAUAAAAAACUUAUGUAUAAAUAUCUAUAUUUAAGCACUUAUAUAUAUAUAUAUCUACAUCUAUGUUAUGAAUAAACAUUUUCAUUUAUAUAUUAAUAUAUGCUUUUUUUAUCGUAUCUGUAGUAAAUAUCAAUGAUAUUUAAAAAUGCUUUCUUCUACUUCUUUGCUUUUCAUUCUAACCUUAUAGUCUUCUUAAUUAAUUAAAAUUAAUCUAAAUUG